AUAGCUUCUACAAUGUCAGAGAAUUAUAGGGAGAAAACAAAGGAGGGAGUCUUAACACUGAAGAAGAAACGGGGCUUCACCAAAUAUAAACCAAAGAUGAGUAUGUUCAAGAACAUCCUCGCCACAAAUUACUCAAUGCAUAAGGAAAAAAUCGAUAAAUCAGAGCUCUGCAUGCUUGAUAAUUGGAAGCAGAGCAAUGACUCAGAAAUCGUCGAGCAUGACCAGGAAGAUGAAUUCAAUGAGAUCCAUAACAGCAACACUGUUACAAUACCAUUGGUCUCUGAGAAGUUAGAAACAACGCUGAAGGAAGAAUCUUAUAAUGAUUACGAUUCAAAGUAUAAGAAAUCACUACUGAAUACAGAUACUAAGAGAAGGAGCAUCGCUGCAAGUCCUUUCUACACUAAAAGUCAUCCUAACCCUUCACUGAGGAAACGGAAGGAGAGACACCAUACUUACUCAACGUCAAACAGAAAAGUCUGGAAGAACACGACACAAAAAUUAAAGGUGGUUGGACAUAAAAGGAACUUUACUAGGCCAAGCACCAGAGCUUGCCGUGCGGCUGCAGCUUCUGAUAAGAAUAAAGCUCAGCAGUGGACAAUGAAUAAAACUGAGAUCAAUGACAAAGAAUCUGGCACUGAAAAGUCCAAGUUGGUUAAUUUUGAAAGCCAAAUUGCCUCAGUUGAUAUUGGAAGCCAGGUUCUCGGAAGAGAUUUUAUUAAUACUAGUGAAAUCAUGACUAGAUAUAAACCUAAAAACCGUACUUCAAAGACCGGAUAUGGGAUGAGAAAAGCUUUAAUUGAUGCUAAAAAGAUAGCCCUAAAUAAAUCAGAAAGAGAACAAAACCGAUCAUAUGCAGACUGAGAACGGAAAUCCCAAGAUCGCUUGAUGUCCGCAGGUGUCAGUGGUAUCUCAAGAAGGAGUCAUUUUAAAGAGUCAAGCCAGAAAAUGCAGGAUUUUAAAUUGCACUUACGGAAUAUUGAUAAGUGGCUUGACGAAAAAGAGAGCUCAAUCAGCUUUAAUUCACAGUUUAAUAGCUACUCGAAUAAUCCAGAAUUGAGAAAUCUCAACAAUAACGGACUGAAGAUGAGAGGAGAGUACUUAGUUGAAGCGGGUUAUAAGGUACAUAGUCUCAUCUCUGGAGUGCUGAAAUAACAACUUGAAGCCAUUAGAAACAAUUAUUUCCUCUGUUGAGAGUCUUCUUAGCGAAAUUCAUACAACUUAUGAAAACAAAUUGAAGCAAUUCGACGUGAAGUAUAAAAUUAUUUGCCGGAUGAAUAAUCAAUUUGACGAGAGACUUAAGAAAUACGAGGCUGAAAAAUCAAAGGAAGCAAAUACUGACCUCUCUAAGCUGAUAACCAAGCUUGGUCAUGCAUAUGAUGAACUUGGUGAGGACUCUAUGAACAUCUCAAAAUCUCGUGAACUCACUCAUAUUAGCCUAACGACUGGGAUCGAUCUCAUAGAGAGCGAGAACAACUCAUCUGAAGUGCUGAAGGACAUAUUACGCUCAUUUACAAUGGCAAAUAUUGGGAAUGGCUUCUUUGGCCUUGAGAAAGACCAAGUUGAGAAAUUCAACCUGAUCAACGAGUUCACUCAAACAUUGCAAGGAACUCAGCUUAAGACUGCUAAGAGCAUUCUGAGCAGAAUCAUUAAGAAUGUCCAGUCUGUGGAUGCAGAAGUCCAGACCAGUAACAACAUGGUCGAUGAACUAAACGAAAUGAUAGAGCACCUCAAGCAAGACAGCCGAGACAAAGAUCGGAGGAUAAACCAAAUGAACACCGACCACGAGAACCUUCUCAAAAAGAUUCACUUAACUCAAGAUCAGGUUGAGGAAGAGAGAGCUAAAGCUCUCUCUUCAGAGAUGAAAUGCGAGGCUCUGGAAAUGGCCAAGACUAAACUCGUCAAGGAAUCUCAACUGUAUGAAGGCAGGCUGAAAUAUCUUGAGAAGGAAAAGUUUAUCAAAGACAAGCUUCAGGGACAAAUUAAUGAGCUAGAAGCUCAAGCAAAGGAAGUUCAAGAUAAAUUGCUCUUAAAGGACUCUGAGUUGAGAAAUCUAAUGGAGAAAAUAGAAGAUCCUGAUUUUAUUAUGGCUAAAACUAAAGAGAUUAUGAAGAAAGACCCAGAAUUUUUGAGGUCUAUGUGUAAUGUAUUAAAGCAAGCUCCCUUCGAUAUCAGAAUAAUUGAUCCUAAAUCUUCUAAUACUGAGAAAGGAGAUGGCAAUUUGGAGGAUAUAGGAACUCCUGGAUCUAAGAGUAAAACCACCAAAGAUCUUAUCAAUGAACAUCUGAAUAAGACUUCACCAAGCGGGAGUCCUAAAUAAACAAGAAUCUUUUAAUGGAAUAUCUGAUACUUCAGAUGGAGGAAUUAGAGACUUCAUGCAUUCGAGCUAUACCAGGCCGAAUUACCAAGCCAGGGAUUUCAGAAAGGAGAAGAAAGGUUAUGAAUCAAAGUUCCAAGUUAGUGACAAUAACUCUGAGUUUGGGAAGGAUGACUCGCUAACAGGGUCUAUUCAAGAUGAAACUAGGAAGAGACACAAGAGUUUAAAACCAAAAGAGAAGCCCCCGAAGAAGUCGACUAGUAUGAAGAAGAUUAGGGUUGGGGACCAGGCCAGAUUUACCAACAUUAAACUUGCUAAGAAGGGAAUAAAUGAAGGCAAAGGUGGAGGAUCUUAUCCUGAGCUUAUUGAAGAAGGGAAUAAUCAAAAGUUGGACCGUCUGAGGAAACAGAAAACUACCAAGUCUGAUACUAAAGCUUAUAAUGAGUCAAUCAUAAAUAAGGUGUUAAAGAAAGGCAUUCAUGAUAGACUUUUCAAUAAUGAAAAAGGAGCAAAGAGACUCUCCACAGUUUUUGAUGACAAGGGAAUUCCCCACAGCGAAGCAUGUGGUCCAAACUGUCGUCACUUACAAUUUCUCAACGAACUAAACUCAAAAAUCCCAGACGGAAUGUAUAUCCUCAAACAAACCCAACAUAACUUCGGUACUAAUUUUUAACUCUUA